AUGAUGCGCCGCGUACUCCUCCGCUGCCCGCGGCCCCGGCGCAACAGUCCGUUAGCUUUCCAAAGCACCUCGAGCCCUGUUACAAAGUGUCCCUUAUCACCUAAGCUGCAAAGGCCGCUUCAAACGCCAACGGUUGUGGGUGAAUCACGCGGUUGCCCAAUGAUUGGGACGGCUCCACACCUCAGUUGCCCUAUCGAGAAGGAGCAACUUGGCCAAUCAGUACAAGUUAGAGAUGUCGUAACACAGUUGGGCAAGCUGAAGCUUUCAGCCUUUGUGACGGCCACGGCAUUGGGUGGUUACGUGAUUUGUGGCGGUACCAGCCCGUUGGUAAUGGUUGCGGUAACGGUCGGUACGCUUCUACAGUGCUGUUCUGCCAAUACAGCCAAUCAGAUUAUUGAGGUGGAAUAUGACAGGAUGAUGAAACGAACCUGCCGACGGCCCCUUCCAAUGGGGCUCAUAUCACGCAGAAGUGCUACCAUUUUGUGUGCCGUGGAGUUACUCUCCGGCUCCUGUAUUUUAGGUUCCGUCAGCCCAGCGGCCUCUGCGCUCGGGGCCUUCAACUGGCUGCUGUACGUGGCCGCGUACACCCCACUGAAGCGCGUGUCCGCCAUCAAUACGUGGGUGGGUUCCAUCGUUGGCGGUAUUCCGCCGCUAAUGGGAGGAAUUGCAGCCACCGGCACCAUAACGGGCCCCGCUUAUCUGCUGGGUUCGUUGCUGCUCGUCUGGCAAAUACCACAUUUUAUGGGACUUAGUUUUCAUUGCCGUCGUGACUACGAGGCUGCUGGGUACAAAAUGCUGGCGUUUUAUAACCCGUGGAGGGCUUCUUUCUACGCUGUAUUGUUGUCUGUUAUGAUGGCUUUCAUAACUCUUGCCGGCCCCGCACUUAUCAACAUGGCAGCUGAGGGUUGGUACUACCCGGUGGUGGCUGCUGCGAAUGCCGUUAUGAUUUACAAGGCACUGUUAUUUCAUUCGGACCCAAAGCGGCACUGCAGGGGUUGUUUUGUGUUUUCCUACAUGUACCUCUCCGUCGUACUCGCCGUGCUGAUGCUGAAUCAUUUGGAACCUGUGAAGCGGACGACGACCCUGUUUCAGCACUUCACUGCUGUUGCAUUAUAG